AUGGCGUUCCGGCUACGGCGUGCGCAACUCGCCUUAAUGGCGGAUCGGCCAAAGGACUGUCCUCCAUGCUUCAACUGCAACCUCCCCAUCAACUCCUGCGGCCAAUUCGCGCCUUGCAACGGGUACGACGUAUGCGGAUCCCUACCCCGAGGCAAAAAACGCCCGGCGCGACAGGGCAAGUCCUGUAAAUGCGACGAUGGAUGGACGGGCAUCAACUGCAACAUGUGCACGAGCGACCGAGCAUGCGACGCCAUGACCGAGACGGGGGACGGCGGCGUCUGCUACACGGGCGGCGAGGUGGUGAAGCAGAACUACCAGAUGUGUGAUGUCACGAAUAGGGCUAUCCGGGAACUGCUCGGUGCCCAGGUGCCCCAGGUUACCUUCACUUGCGACAAGGCGUCUGGGGAAUGCGAUUUCCAGUUCUGGGUUGAUGAGCUCGAGUCCUUCAUGUGCCAUCUGAACCAAUGCGAAUCGAGCGCCGAUUUCGAUGCCUCCGGAGGGAAGAACUCGACAUCCUAUAAGUGCGAGGAGGUCCGUUGCGAGUGCAUACCCGACCGUAUGUUGUGCGGCGCGAACGGCUCGGUCGAUCUCACCGAGUUCCUCGUCAAGGUGAUCCGCGGCCCCGCCAAGUUCGAGUGUGUCCAGCGACCUGGAGAGCCGAAGAAGUGCGCAUUUGAAGAGCCGGAGAUGAACAAGAUGAUCAGCUCCAUUUUCGGCGACACGAGCAUCCUCCUGACCUGUGGCGCCGGGGAGUGUCUAUACCACACCGAGGUGCCCGGAUUCAAGCCCGACGUUCCCAAGAUCAACACCCCGCUGAUCGCGGGGGUUAUUGCCGGGUGCUCGCUUUUCUUGGUGGCCGUCAUUCUCGGGACCUGGUAUUUGUCCCGGAGGCAGUUCAAGUACGGCCCUAUCCAUCUCGAUGACUCGGACGACGAAGCGAUCAGGCUCAUGGCGGACCAUAAACCGGCAUCCCUAUACUUCCAAAACGUCUCCUACAACCUCAACGGCAAGAAUAUCCUGACGGGUAUCCAGGGCAUGGCGCAUCCCGGUGAACUUACCGCCAUCAUGGGCGCGUCGGGCGCGGGCAAGACCACUUUUCUCGAUAUUCUUGCUCGCAAAAACAAGCGUGGCCAGGUCUCUGGUGAGUUCUACGUCAAUGGGGAAAAGGUCAGCGAUGCGGAUUACAAAAACGCCACCGGUUUCGUCGACCAGGAGGAUACGAUGCUCCCUACCUUGACGGUCCACGAGACCAUCCUCACCAGCGCCCUACUUCGCCUCCCCCGAGACAUGACCCGGGCGGCAAAGGAGCAAAGAGUUUUCGAGGUCGAGAAACAGCUGGGUAUUUACCACAUUCGAGACUCCUUGAUCGGAUCCGAAGAAGGCAAGGGACGUGGCAUUUCUGGGGGUGAGAAGCGCCGUGUUAGCAUCGCCUGCGAACUCGUCACCAGCCCCUCCAUCCUCUUCCUCGACGAACCCACGAGCGGCCUGGAUGCGUACAACGCCUAUAACGUCAUCGAAUGCCUCGUCACAUUGGCCAAGACCUACAAGCGCACCGUCAUCUUCACGAUCCACCAGCCCAGGUCUAACAUCGUUGCACUCUUUGACCGCCUUGUCCUGCUGGCUCAGGGAAAGACUGUUUAUUCAGGCCCGCUGCAUCAAUGCCAGGAUUACUUUGACCAGAUCGGAUACAGCUGCCCUCCCGGUUUCAACAUUGCGGAUUACCUCGUCGACUUGACCAUGCACGCCAGCUCCACAACUUCCUUCGACGACGGCACCCUUGCGGCAGACGUGGCGAGCGUUGGUCCGAGCAGCACCCGCGCUGUCAAGUCAAUUGCGAGCAUUUCUGGCGCCAGUGUUGGAGACGACAGCACUAUCGAAGCUCCGUCCUCCUCUCGCCCAAAGAGCAGACGCCGGGAUUCUGUGCGAGUCAGGCAAGAGAGAGAGCUCUACACUCGUCGCAAGCAACCGGUAGAUACUGCCGCAUCCUCAGAUGCCGGUGACGAGCUUGGGGCUUACAAACUGCAACAGACCCCCCAUCGCGUGCCGCCGCACAACCAAGACGAGCACGACGACCUGCCGCCUCCUGCUCCCACGGGCACCGACCUCGAUAUCCUAGUGCACUCUUACAUCCAGUCUGACAUCGCCGGCAACACCCACGAUGAGAUCCAACAGGCGAUCACAACAGCAACCAACAGCAACGGUCAAAAUUCUAACGGAUACAUCGUCGACGGCCCCAACCUCAACCUCGGCGCCAUGGGCAAAGGGUAUGCGCGCAUCGGCUACUGGCGGCAGUUCGCCUUGCUUUCCCAGCGAACCUGGCGCAACCUGUACCGCAACCCGAUGCUAAUGCUGACCCACUACGCCAUCGCCAUCUUGCUGGCCGUCUUCGCGGGCUACCUGUUCUAUGGCUUGUCCAUGACCAUCGCAGGCUUCCAGAACCGUCUCGGUCUUUUCUUCUUCGUUCUCGCCCUCUUCGGCUUCAGCACCUUGACAACGCUCUCCGUUUUCUCCCAAGAACGCCUUCUCUUCGUCCGCGAGCGCGCCAACGGUUACUACUCGCCCAUCACGUACUUCGCAGCCAAGGUUCUCUUCGACAUUGUGCCGUUGCGCAUCAUCCCGCCCAUCCUGCUCGGGGCCAUCGUCUACCCCAUGACGGGCCUCGUGGCAGAGGCGGACAAGUUCUUGGUCUUCAUGCUCGUGCUCGUGCUGUUCAACCUCGCCGCCGCCGCCAUCUGCCUCUUCAUCGGCAUCGUCUGCAAGGACGGCGGCGUUGCCAACCUCAUCGGCAGCCUGGUCAUGCUGUUCAGCUUGCUAUUUGCGGGCCUGUUGCUGAACCACGAUGCCAUCCCACCCGCUGCCUUGUGGCUGCAGUGGCUGUCCAUCUUCCAUUACGGCUUUGAGGCGCUCAUUGUCAAUGAAGUCACCCACCUGACCCUGAUCGAUCACAAGAUUGGCAUCGAUAUCACCGUGCCCGGGGCGGCUAUCCUGAGCUCGUUUGGCUUUGACAACCAGGCCAUGUGGCCGGAUAUUAUCGGCCUAGGGAUUUUUGGUGCUGUGUUUAUUGUGCUGGCUUAUGCCGCGAUGCAUGUGUUGCUUGUUGAGAGGCGGUGA